AAAAAAAAUGUGUGAUUGUUUUCGAAAUGAAAAUCAGAUAGAUUUUGCAAUUUGUACGUCCCUAGGCAGUGAAGAUUUAUUGUCAAAGCUCAAAGCAACAAGAGAUAGGGAAGGGUGAAAUUAUACACCUAAUUAAACAGCCAUGAUAGGAAUUUUUGAAAUUAUUUUCGGAUCAUGCCAAAUAUUAAUGGUUCGUAAAUUGCUCUUCGAAAUUCAAAAAAAAUAACUCUCGCAACUCACACACGCUUGAAUGUUUAAAGGAUUUACAAAGCAACUAACACUGGAUUAUAAAUUAUAAGAAUUUAUGUCAUUGGUUUUCAGCUUCUUUAAUUUGAAGGAUUUGACAUGAUCAGGAGCAAAUAUGCAGCUACAACUUUGCUUUGUCUGCUGCUUUUAGUCAUCAUAACCAACAUUUAUUUUAUUUAUGUUAUUGUCGAUGACAAAACGUCAAAAUCUUCGGCGAGUCAAAGCUCCACCGUUCGUACCGCUGGGAAUGCGAAUGCCUUUGAAAGGCAAAAUGAUCCUAAGAAGGAGCCAAUCAAAAUGGCAAGAAAACUCUACAAUCACCAGAACGCAUCGACGAUGGCUGCUAGAAAAAUUUUGCUACACACCAGGCAGUUGCCAUCACAAUACCUAGAGCUCAACGACCAGCACCGUGACAUUUUGCACAGAAUAUUCUACGAUCUCACGCCAUCAUCGGAAUUAAAACCUCCAGAUGUUCGACAGUUAACUGAGCAGUGGGUCACCAAUGAAGAAAUUGUCCCUGAGUCUGAACCUCUCCUUGGGUCAGUUCUGAAAGCAAUUUGCUCUUCCAAAAUAAUUAAAGCUCAAAGUGCCAAACGUUUCGGAACACAGCUCAAAAUUUUUCUCACAUUAGAAGGGAACUUGACAGCUAUUUUCAAGCCCCAGUGGUACACGAGAGACCAUAUCAUUGAAGGAUCAGUUUAUGCAGGCAAAGACCGCCACAAUGCCGAAAUUGCUGCAUUCCAUCUGGGAUUGAUUUUGGGUUUCCGUAAAAUACCGCUUGCUGUCGGAAGGAAAAUUAGUCUGCACAAAGAAGUGAUGCCUGUUGCUGCGCUUGAACUUCUAGAAACGUUUCAUCAAGAGGGAAAUAAUACUUGUUUCUAUGGGGUGUGCUAUUAUUGUGGCCCUCAUGAUCCAAUAUGUGCCAAACGAGACGUUUUGGAAGGUGCUCUAGUGCUAUGGCUACCAAACAGAAUAAAACUCAGAAAAAUUAGACACCCGUGGCAACGUACUUAUAAGGACGGAAAACUUGCCAGAUGGGAGGCUGAUGAAAAAUACUGUGAUCAUGUCAAGUCACAAGAUUUACGAAAAAUUGGAGGACUGACUACCUUGCUCGAUUUGAUAGACGCAUCGAUUUUUGACUUUUUGAUUGAUAACGGAGACAGACAUCACUUUGAAAUCACUGACAAUAAAGUCUCUCCUAUGGUAGUUCUGCUUGACAAUGGAAAAAGCUUCGGAAAUCCAACGAAAGACCACAUAGACAUCCUAGCACCUCUUUAUCAAUGCUGCAUAUUGAGGCGCAGCACCUACGAAAGACUUUUGUUAUACACCGGAGGCACUCUUUCCAUUGCGUUGGAAAAAUCUCUCCAUUGGAGCCACAUAGCUCCAGUGCUCAGCGAGGGACAUUUUCGAGCUCUCGACAGAAGACUAAAAAUUGUUUUGGGUGCCAUUUCUUUAUGCUUAAAAGAACGCGAUGAAAAUCGCUUGCCUCCUGUUUUGCUAUAAAAUUAUUUUGCAAAAUAAUAAUCAGUCAAGUUAAACAUUUAAUAUACAAUAAUUAUACUGCAAUGAAAUACAACGAAUAAAAAUUCGAAAUAUUAAAUAA